AUGCUGGAUGAAUUUCGAUGCAAGACUUCCCAAUGUGACCCUUCGCUUCCUCAGAUCAAUCUGAAAACUACCAUCCAUCAUAGCGGCCUUGAGUCUCUUACUUGCUAUUGCCGACCGGCUAAUCCCAAUGGAUGCACUUGCCAUGGUCGACACUUGCUGACGAAGUUCGGCAGUGCUAGGUUUGUUUGA